AUGGCAGCUUCCAACCCCAAGAGGGACGUCCACAACCCGCUCCUCUUCGAGGCAGCAUGGGAGGUAGCCAACAAGGUCGGCGGUAUCUACACCGUCAUCAAGACCAAGGCUCCCGUCACACACCAGGAGUAUGGCGAGCGCUACACGCUCAUCGGCCCGCUCUCGUACAAGACGGCUCCCAUGGAGGUCGAGGCGCUCGAGCCCGAGGACCCUCUCCUAAAGCAGACGCUCGACAGCAUGCGCGAUGCCGGCGUCAAGUUCCUCUACGGCCGCUGGCUCAUCGAGCGUGCACCACGCGUGCUCCUCUUUGACACCUCGAGCAUGUACCACCGCAUGGACGAGUGGAAGGGUGACCUUUGGAACCUCGCCGGUAUCCCCACUCCGCCAAACGACCACGAGACAAACGAGACGCUUGUCUUUGGUUAUCUUGUUGCAUGGUUCCUCGGCGAGUUCUCCAGCCGCGAGCGCAAGCGUGCCAUCAUUGCUCAUUUCCACGAGUGGCAGGCAGGUCUCGCCAUCCCCCUCUGCAGGAAGCGUCACAUCGACGUCACCACCAUCUUCACCACCCAUGCCACCCUUCUGGGCCGAUACCUAUGUGCCGGCAGCGUCGACUUUUACAACAACCUCCAAUACUUUGACGUCGACCACGAGGCGGGCAAGCGUGGUAUCUACCACAGAUACUGCGUCGAGCGUGCCGCUGCUCACUGUGCCGACGUCUUCACCACGGUCAGCCACAUCACCGCCUACGAGUCCGAGCAUCUCCUCAAACGCAAGCCGGACGGUGUGCUCCCCAACGGUCUCAACGUGGUCAAGUUCUCUGCCAUGCACGAGUUCCAGAACCUUCACGCCGUCUCGAAAGCCAAAAUCAACGAGUUCGUCAAGGGCCACUUCUACGGACACUACGAUUUCGACCUGGAAAACACGCUCUACUUUUUCACCGCAGGUCGAUACGAGUACCGCAACAAGGGUGUCGACAUGUUCAUCGAGUCGCUCGCUCGUCUCAACUACAAGCUGCAAAAAAGCGGAUCCAAGACUACCGUGGUCGCCUUCAUCAUCAUGCCGGCUGCCACCAACUCGUACACCAUCGAGGCGCUCAAAGGUCAGGCGGUCACCAAGCAGCUGCGCGAUACGGUCGAGCAGAUCCAAGCCCGCGUCGGAGAGCGUCUGUUCGAGAAGAUGGCGCGAUACCAGGGCGAGAGCGGAUCAGAUGUGAUCGACCCAGCGACGCUGCUCUCGGACGCGGAUAAGAUCGCGCUCAAGAAGCGCAUCUUUGCUCUCAAGCGCAACUCGCUUCCACCUGUCGUGACGCACAACAUGCAGGACGACGACAACGACCCGAUCCUCAACCAGAUUCGCCGCGUGCAGCUGUUCAACCGCACCAGCGACCGCGUCAAGGUCAUCUUCCACCCCGAAUUCCUCAACGCUAACAACCCGAUCCUCGGUCUAGACUACGAAGAGUUUGUUCGAGGUUGCCACUUGGGCGUGUUCCCUUCGUACUACGAACCGUGGGGAUACACGCCAGCCGAGUGCACCGUGAUGGGCGUGCCAUCCAUCACCACCAACCUGUCUGGAUUCGGCUGCUUCAUGGAGGACACGAUCGAGCGCGGCGAAGACUACGGUAUCUACAUUGUCGAUCGACGAAUGAAGAGCGUCGAAGACUCUGUCAACCAGCUCACCGACCAGAUGUUCAGCUUCAGCCAAAAGACGCGCCGACAACGCAUCAACCAGCGAAACCGCACCGAGCGACUGUCCGAGCUGCUCGACUGGAAGCGACUGGGUCUCGAAUACGCCAAAGCGCGACAGCUCGCGUUGCGACGUGCCUACCCCGACUCGUUCGACGAGGACGACACCAUCGAGAGCUACUUUGACGACAUCCACCACGACGGCAAGAUGCCUCCACCGCUCUCGAUGCCCGGUUCGCCGCGCUUCGGCACCGGCGCCAGGACGCCCGGCGAGUUCGGUACGCUCACCGAGGAGCUGCAGGGCCUGUCGACCUCGGACUACCGCGGUCACCAGCAGUUCUGGAAGACCAUGAGCCAGCACGGAUCGGACGACGAGGAGGAGGCGGCGUACCGCUUCCCGCUGGUGAUGAAGGCGGGUCGUGCACGUGGAACGUCGGUGGGCAGCAUGAGCGGUGCGAGCACUCCCGGUUUGGGCGGUGGAAAGUUCCUCUCGAGCGCCGAUCUGGAUCGUGCGGAUGCGGCGUUGAGCAACCACAGCGGUGCGCCGAACGGCAAUGGUCACUGA